AUGCGGCCGCAGCUGUUCCGUGCGGCCGCCCGGUCGCUCCGGGCCCCCAAGGUCACCCCCAGGACCUUCGCGACGUCAACCCCUCGAGCGGCCGAGGUGGAACUCACCAUUGACGGAAAGAAAGUUUCGGUGGAAGCCGGUUCGGCUCUCAUCCAGGCAUGCGAGAAGGCAGGCGCGACAAUUCCCAGAUACUGCUACCACGAAAAACUUUUGGUUGCCGGAAACUGUCGUAUGUGCCUCGUUGAAGUUGAGCGAGCUCCGAAGCCGGUGGCCUCGUGUGCCUGGCCCGUGCAGCCGGGAAUGGUGGUCAAGACAAACUCACCGUUGGUGCACAAGGCGAGAGAAGGUGUCAUGGAAUUCCUGCUCGCCAACCACCCACUCGAUUGCCCCAUCUGUGACCAGGGAGGAGAGUGUGACCUUCAAGACCAGUCGAUGCGCUAUGGUGCUGACCGCGGCCGGUUCCAUGAAUCCGGUGGCAAGCGUGCUGUGGAGGAUAAGAACAUUGGGCCUCUGGUCAAAACAUCGAUGAACCGAUGCAUUCAUUGCACUCGCUGUGUUCGAUUCAUGAACGACGUCGCCGGCGCACCAGAACUGGGAACGACUGGCCGAGGAAACGAAAUGCAGAUUGGAACCUAUUUGGAACAGAACCUGAAUUCGGAAAUGUCGGGCAACGUCAUUGACCUUUGCCCCGUCGGUGCUCUGACUUCCAAACCUUACGCUUUCCGUGCCCGUCCGUGGGAGCUGAAGCACACCGAGUCGAUCGAUGUUCACGAUGCCCUGGGCUCGAACGUUCGGAUUGAUAGCCGCGGUAUGGAAGUCAUGCGCAUCAUCCCAAGACUGAACGACGAUAUCAACGAGGAAUGGAUCAACGACAAGUCGCGGUUCGCUUGUGAUGGAUUGAAGACUCAACGGCUCACCACGCCCUUGAUUCGCCGGGAAGGCAAAUUUGUGCCGGCUACCUGGGAACAGGCUCUCACGGAAAUCUCGUCUGCCCACCAGAAAUUGCAGCUGAAGCCCAAUGAGUUCAAGGCCGUUGCGGGACACUUGGUCGAUGCCGAAACGCUUGUUGCGAUGAAGGAUAUGGCGAACAAGCUGGGAUCCGAUAACCUUGCUCUUGACCAGCCUGGCGGUAGUUCUCCCAUCGCCCACGGUAUCGAUGCCCGUGCCAACUACUUGUUCAACUCCAAAAUCUAUGGCACCGAGGAAGCAGACGCCCUUCUUCUCGUUGCCACGAACCCCCGUCAUGAGGCCGCGGUCCUGAAUGCUCGCAUUCGUAAACAAUACCUGCGCUCCGACAUGGAGAUUGGGCUCGUUGGAGAGGAGUUUGAAAGCACUUUCGAAUUCGAGCACCUUGGGGCCGACGUCUCUGCUCUGAAGGCCGCAUUGUCUGGAGAGUUUGGCAAGAAGCUCGCCGGCGCUAAGCGGCCAAUGAUUGUUGUUGGUAGCGCGGCUACCGAGCACCCCGACGCGAAGGCCAUCUUCGAGGCGGUUGGCAGCUUUGUCGAGAAGCACGCCAACUUCAACACCCCUGAGUGGCAGGGCUACAACGUCCUUCAGCGUGCAGCAUCUCGGGCCGGAGCCUAUGAAAUCGGCUUCACUACCCCGUCCCCCGAGGUCGCUCAGACUUCCCCCAAGAUGAUCUGGCUCUUGGGCGCGGAUGAGAUCGCGCAAAGCGAGAUUCCGAAGGAUGCGUUUGUCAUUUACCAGGGCCACCACGGAGACCGGAGUGCCCAGCUUGCAGACGUCAUCCUACCGGGAGCAGCAUAUACCGAGAAGUCCGCCACUUAUAUCAACACCGAGGGUCGUGUGCAGGUCACCCGUGCAGCUACGUCGCUGCCCGGUGCGGCCCGUGAUGACUGGAAGAUUAUCCGUGCCACCAGCGAGUUCCUCGGCGCUCCUCUGCCCUAUGAUGACAUCGAGGCCCUCAGGGAUCGCAUGGAGGAGAUCAGCCCUGUGAUGCGUCGGUACGAUGUUGUCGAGCCUAGCUCGGUCAGCUCAUUGAGCAAGGUCCAGCUAGUGGAUCAGAACAAGGGAUCUCCCGCCACGGGGGCUCCGUUCAAGAAGGUCAUUCAGGACUUCUUCUUCACUGACUCCAUUUCUAGAAGCUCACCCACCAUGGCCCGCUGCUCCGCUGCCAAGGCCACCGGUAACCCCGAGACCAACUUCAUGGCUGCUGGAGAGAUGUCUCCUCAAGCCCUAUAUGGCUAG